AUGACUGAUAAAGACGACUUCAACGCUGCUGCAAACAUAAUGAUACCUAUUGAGAACCCCGAAGGUUCUCGAAACAUGAUGGACAUCCAAAAUGAAGAGAAAAUGGCUCACAUGGAGCAAGAACUCGAGAUCUUAAGGGAAGAAUUACGCCAAAUACUUGGGGCACAUGUCGCCGCUCCGUAUGAGCCACAUGUUCCACCUGUAUAUGCCGCUGGGGCUCCAACCUUUACUAUGCCAGCUGUGGUUAAUGUCCCAUACGAGGUCGAUCAAUAUGAAGAAAUGGAGAAAGAUGCUCGGUUGAAACAAGACGCGUCGAUAAAUGCCCAGCUUCAGGGUCUGAGAAAAGCCUUGAAAAGCUUUCAAGUCUCUAGGGGGACAGAGAGUCUGGAUUAUGAUGACUUGUGCAUCCAUCCAGACAUUGACAUGCCAGUAGGGUAUAAACCACUGAAGUUUGACAUGUUCGAUGGAAAUGGCGACCCUCACGCACAUUUAAGGGCAUACUGUGACAAGUUAGUCGGUGUAGGGAGAAAUGAGAAGUUGAGGAUGAAGUUGUUCAUUCAGAGUCUAUUCUCAUUGGCCAAUAUACAGAAGAAGCCAUCUGAGAAUUUCCAGGAAUAUGCACGACGUUGGAGAACUGAGGCCGCGAGGGUGCAACCACCACUAGAUGAGAGUGAGCUCUCGAAGUACUUUAUUCGAGCUCAAGAAGGUAUCUACUUUGACAAGAUGAUGUCAAUGAUGGGUCAGAAGUUUGCAGAAUUGGUCAAGAUGGGAGACUUUAUAGAGGAGGGUGUUAAAUCUGGGAAGAUUCAGUCUAUGGUCGCAUUGCAAGCUGCAAGUAGGGCUAUACAAUCAGGUUCCAUUGGCGGCAUAAAAAAGAAAAGGGAGGAUGUUUCAGCUGUCACUUACCAACCAGGAGGACCAUAUCACCGAUACCCCAAUAAUCCCCAAAUCGUUGCGCAUACUUCAUACGUCCCAGUGUAUAAUACCCAACCACACUAUAAACCACCCCGAGCACCAGCAUACCAAAACCCUUCAAGACCAUAUGUCCCUAUCCAAGCACCAAUUCACCAAAAUAGACCAGCAUAUGCACCGAGACCACGUCCAAAUCCUGAAGCUAGAAAUGCUCGUGCUUACACACCGAUUGCUGAACCCUAUGCUCAAUUGUUUGAGAGGUUGAGGACAGCGGGAGUGCUGCAACCAGUUGAAGGAAAACUUCCUGAUCCAAUCCCUCGUAAUUUUGAUGGGAACAAGAGAUGUGCUUACCACUCGGGAGUCCAGGGACACGACACAGAAGAUUGUUAUGGUUUGAAGAACCAGAUCGAGUCUUUGAUUAGGAGAGGAGUAAUCAAAUGCACUCUAGCACCUCCCAAUGUGAAUAACAAUCCCUUGCCAAACCAUGAGAAUCGGGAAGUGAACAUGGUUACUCUAGAUGACGAAUAUGGGUCCUCCGACUAUCCAAACAUAGAUGAAACUGAUGCCAUGACAUCUUCGGCGCAACCUGUUAUCACUGUUCAACUAAGGGAACCUCUGACUGUCCAAACAUAUCUUCCAAGAGUUGUAGUGACCACUCUAAUUGCCAAGAAGCCUGAGUAUGACACCAAAGCAGUCCCUUGGAACUAUCGAGCAAGUGCCAAGGGCAAGAUGAUCGACACUGCCGUGGCUCAAGGGAUGACUAGGUCGGGGAGGUGUUAUGCCCCAGAGGACCUAAAUCAAAGAGUUCUCGGAAAAGAACAGAAUCCAAAGAAGAAUAUUACCGAUACUGAAGCCGCAGAGUUUUGGAAAAAGAUGCAGUCUAAAGACUAUUCGGUUGAAGAACAGUUGAAGAAGACGCCAGCCCACAUAUCUAUUUGGUCUUUGCUUAUGAGUUAUGAAGCUCAUAGGAAUGCUUUGAUGAAGGUGUUAAGCGGAGUGAUAAUUCUAAAAGAGACCACAAGUGAGACCUUAGCUGCAACGAUUGGAAGAAUAGUGGAAGCUAACAAGAUUUCUUUCCAUGAUAAUGAGUUGCCCGCAGAAGGGGCUGGGCACAACAAAGCGCUUCACAUCGCAGUCAAAUGUUGUGAUAAGAUUGUGACUCGAGUUUUGAUGGAUGGUGGCUCUGGAUGCAAUAUUUGUCCUUUCACCACUCUGAGAAAUUUAGGUGUUAAUAUGGGAGAGAGAAAGGAAAGUCGUGUGAAAGUUAGAGCCUUUGAUGGAGCACAAAGAAGUGUCAUCGGAGAAAUCUAUCUCACAUUGCAGGUGGGGCCGGCUGAAUUCCCCAUUUUAUUUCAAGUGAUGGAUGUAUCAUCCAACUACAAUCUGUUGUUGGGAAGACCAUGGGUUCACAUGGCAAGAGCGGUUCCUUCCACUCUUCAUCAAUGUGUAAAGUUUGAGUGGGGUCACACAGAAGUUACCAUCCACGGAGAACUCAGUCACCCCAUUCAUUCUGUUAAUUCUAUACCAGUCACCGACGAGUUAGACGGAGCCACUUUUCACACUUUGGAAAUCAUGCAAGCUAUAAGGGUCAAUGAGGGAGCAGAGCCCGAAGAUACCAAGUUGUCAAGUGCAGCGAAAAUGGUUGCGUCAGAAAUGUUGAAGUAUGGAUAUCAGCCUAAGAAUGGACUUGGACCUAAGUCCAAUGGCAUAAUUGAGCCGAUCCAGUUGAGGCAUCAGAGAGGCACCAACGGACUAGGAUAUGAGCCUGCCUCGGGAAGAGACUGUCACGGGUCAAGCGAUACAAUCUUUGUACCAGAACAAUCUUCUAUUCUAGAUCAAGCUGGCGUUGAUGACAUCAUAGAAGGAUUAGGCAAUCUGUUCGUGGCCAUGGCCGGAGAAGAGGAAGGGAUAAAUCUCUACAAGUUGACCAUUCGUGAUGCCAAACCUGGAGAAAUCUUGCAGAAUCGGAUUCGGUCCCUUGCAUUUUUACUUUUCUAUUGUAUUUGA